AUGAAAGACCCGUUCCCGAUGCCACCGCAGCCGUGGCUCAUCACCCUCACCCAACCGCUCGCCGACGCCCUCGCCCUGCCGACGCUCCCCCUGCACAUCCACGAGGCCAUCUUCGCCUUCUUGCUGUACACCUCCAUCGGCAUCUUCGUCUCGCCCGCCAUCUCGCGCGCCUUCUUCCCCGAAAAGUACAACAAGUUGAAUCGCCGGACGCGCAUCAACUGGGACGUCCAUGUCGUGUCUCUGGUGCAGUCGGUGAUCAUCAGCGCCUUCUCGCUGUAUGUCAUCUUCGUCGAUGAAGAGAGGAAGGUCCUGCGGCCGAGGAGCGAGUGGGAGGGUCGGAUAUGGGAGUACACGGGCAUGAGCGGGCUGUGCCAGUCCUUCGCCUUGGGAUACUUCCUCUGGGACUUGAUCAUGUGCAGCGUGCACGUGGACAUCUUCGGCUGGGGCAUGCUGGCUCACGCCGUCAGCGCCUUGUCCGUCUUUGCGCUGGGAUACCGGCCCUUCGUCUAUUUCUACGCCCCUAUCUUCCUGCUCUACGAGCUCUCCAGCCCCUUCUUGAACGUCCACUGGUUCUGCGAUAAGCUGGAUCUUACCGGUUCCGCCGUCCAGGCCAUUAACGGAGCCUUCCUGGUUGGGACCUUCUUCGGGUGCAGGCUUGUCUGGGGUAAUAUCAGCAGUUUCUGGACCUUCUACGACAUCUUCAAGGCUGUUAGAUACGGUCACUCGAAUCUCACCAACUUUGAGACUGGAGCCCCUGCUGCAUUCACCGUCCAGGAACUGCUCUCGAUCUACAGCGAUGAACAAGGCCAAAGGCUGGCAUUUGCAGGCAGGCAAAACGUCCCCAUCUGGCUCGGGCUCGUCUACCUCGCAUCGAACUUGACCCUCAACUCCCUCAACAUCUUCUGGUUCGGCAAGAUGAUCGAGACCAUCCGCAAGCGCUUCGACCCACCAUGGGGCACCAAAGGCAUUGGCGAUGACGUUGUGCACUAUGAGCCACAGGAGAAAGUCGCCAAGGCUGCAGCUGCUUUGGCUGGUUCUUCGCCUGCGAAGCCAAAGGGUAGUGUCAAGGCAGCCAGGCAAAGGGCCGAGGCUGCCAUGAAUGGUGGCGCUGGCGACAGCACGCACAUUCAGAGUGCCGUGUUGGCGGAUGGAUCGAAGAGUAUCGAGGUGACGGAGCAGAGGACCCUGAGGACGAGAAGGAAGGCUUAA